AGCCAUCUUCAUCUCCUGACACGCGUGCAUUGUUCAUCUGUCCAUCAACCUAACCCAGGCUCAAAAUACAACUGUCUCACUCUCUAAGUACUACUGGUACCUAGUUUUGGUUCAUACAUUAUCCAACCGCACAAUAUUCCUUGAAUGACCCGACAAUACCAGGGCGCGGAAUGACUCUAGACGCCCUAGCCGAGCAGAUACAACAUCUCCAGCAACAUUCGACUCCGCAAAGCCCCGAGCCAGGGAACCAAGGAGAUGGGGAGACCUGUCUCAAGCAGCGCUUGCUCAUGUCUGCAGGCUUGUCUUCGGACGCUCCAGUCUUCGUUCCGGCUCAACUCAAGGCAGAGAUCGUCGCCAACCGUAUCUCAGCAACCACCACGAGUCGCACCGUUGAAAGAGAGAUAGCCGAGGUCAUGGCACUAUCUCCUAUUCCUGAGGCUGCUAUGAGAGUCAUCCUCGAGAGACUCUGUCGCCUCUUUGAGACUGUUGCUCGCAUCAGAAGCGCUUGGCUGCCAGAGGAUGUGCGAAUAACAGAGAUACGCCAGCUCUGUGCCAGGGGCAAUCACAGGCAGCACUUCCAUAUAUUACGAGAUCUUCUUCCCCCGCUGCGAAGCCUGCUUGAACGCCUAGUUGCAGCACACAACACCUCGGAUCCAUUGCUGCUGCAGCUGAACCAAAGCGGCGUUCCGAACGGCCUUCAUGUCAUCGACGUGGUUGCAAACGCACACGAGCACCUGACUGAGGAGAUCCUCUCGCCCCCUACGGAGCUUCGGCGCCUUUGGAAGCCGGUUGCGGUGGAGAGAAGGGCCCCCGGGGACUCAGAUGGUACAAUGCCAGGUCCCUAUACACAACACCUUUGGAGCAGCGGGCUGCGUGUCAGAAAUGCCCGCAAUCCUCCUGUGUCCGAGGUCGAAAUCCGGUCUCUUUUUGGUCCAUCCGCCUCAAUGGCAACACAUGGCAGCUGUAUGCUGCCGUACGCCUGUGGGGCCCACAAGUACAGACUCGUGGAAGACAAUCCGAUCGUCCUUGAAUGCACGUCGAAAGGCCUCUUUAUGACCAGCGGCCCUUCUGGCACCGCCUACCGGUUUCUGAACCUCUGGCUCGCACUGAACGGGCCGGAAGAAGAACUACCAGCGGUCCAAUUCGCUACUGCAUCACUCCUCCUCAGUGGUUCUCAUCACUCCUUGGUGGAGGUGCUAAUGACUUGUGCUCCGCUUCUGAGACGUGACAUGCCCAGCAGCCUGCUGGGUAUGAUAGACCAACUGGUGCCAUCUCGCGUCAAGAUUACCACCUCUUGUGGAGAGGUCCUCAGCAUCACACCCGAAGAGUUUUAUGAGAAACUCUCGCUGAGAAUCGACAAUCUUCUUGGCAAGACGCCGAGACUGAACUUGAAGGCCCACUCAGCCCCCGCUGAUUUGGUUGAUUCGAGCGAAUGGCCAUCACCGACACCCCCAACUGCGGGGAACAUUUCACUCGCCAUCGAUAUGUGCCGGACGAUCGACAGCUCUACCGAGCCAACAUUCUGCUCAACCCGUCAAACCGGCUGGUCCACGCAAGACUGCAUCAAAAUCAAUGUCGCUGCCCAGGGUUACAUGGUCAAAGUUCCCAAGCAACACACGGCUGAAUCAAUUUCGACGUGCCUGGCAGAGGGAGUGCGAGCUUCCUGGGCCGCCGAGCGUGGCAUUGGCCCUCGUGUUGUCGCCCUGGAUGAGCAGAGCGGCGCAUUUGCAACUGAAUUCAUCAGGGGCCGCACUCUCUCUCCUGCUGAUGUUACCGGUCGAAUCGCCGGCAUCAUGGCGCUUCUGCAGAAACUGCAUAGUCAACCAACAACAACGUGGAUGAAGCAUUACAGCCCCAUCCAUUGCGGUGCAGUCAUACGUCGAUGAGGCAAAGCGUCAGGCUAGCAUGACCCUGGACGAAGUUUGCCUCGUCGAUGCUGUCUUAUCGCAUUCAAAGAAUGUCUUGUUCGCGACUCCGACAAUCCACGUCCCUUGCCACAACGACUAUCACUCGCAAAAUGUGAUGCUUGACGAAAAGGGGCAGCUUUGGGCAAUUGACUUCGAGAACUGCGACCUCGGCGAUCCCAUGUGGGGACCUUGC